GCGGGAGGUAAGGCAUGAUCGGGUUGGAUGGGCUACAGAGCGCCGGUACGGGUCCACGUCUUGGGGUGCCGGGAUUCCAGGAUGCCCGGGCCCUCUGCGCAGCCCCCAGACCUCCCUCCCCCGGCCUGAGCCGCCCAGCGCCGUGGGAACUACCUCCCACUCGCCGAUGCUGCUCCGCAUCCUAGGAGCGGCCCGACACCCGCCCCACCUCGGCAGGUCCCCUCGACCAUGGGACGGUGUGCAUGCGACUGGGCAAGCUCGGUGCUUCCGCGGACACCGGGACAGGGAGCCCAGUGGAGGCGCCCUCCCGAAGCACUACUGCCCAUGCUGACCCCCUGGCCCGGCGGCCGCCGAUGUCAUGAGUAACACCACAGUGCCCAACGCCCCUCAGGCCAACAGCGACUCCAUGGUGGGCUAUGUGCUCGGCCCUUUCUUCCUCAUCACCCUGGUUGGGGUGGUGGUGGCUGUGGUAAUGUAUGUCCAGAAGAAAAAGCGGGCGGACCGGCUUCGCCAUCACCUGCUCCCCAUGUACAGCUACGACCCCGCUGAGGAGCUGCAUGAGGCUGAGCAGGAGCUGCUCUCUGAUGUGGGAGACCCCAAGGUGGUACAUGGCUGGCAGAGUGGCUACCAGCACAAGCGGAUGCCCCUGCUGGAUGUCAAGACCUGACCUGACCCCCUGCCCUGCUCUCCAGAACCAUGGGGUCUUGGGAGUGCCCGGGGCCUGCGGCUUCCUUCCCCACUUGCACUCACCCAGCUCCCCCUGCUGGGAACUGGGUCUCCUCUCCUCCCAUCCAGCCCAGGCAUCUCGCCCCCCCCCCCCC